AAUCAAUAAUAGACGCGUGCGGGAUUCGCUAGGGACAACUGCAGAAGAAAGUUCCGUUAGCAUACUGCAGUACAAAAUUCAUUCAAACCUUUCGUCAUGAGCAGUCAAGGGCCACGCAGCGAGGAGCUUCAGUUUCCAUUUUGCCAGAAUGCAACAGACAAAUACGAAAAACUGGCAAAAAUCGGACAGGGAACGUUUGGAGAGGUAUUCAAGGCAAGAGAGCGCGCGUCCAAGUCCAAGGUGGUGGCUAUGAAGAGAGUGCUGUUGGAUAAUGAGAAAGAAGGCUUUCCCAUCACUGCCUUGAGGGAGAUCAAGAUCCUUCAGCAGCUUCAUCAUGAGAACAUAGUGCACUUGAUUGAGAUCUGCCGAACCAGAGCAGGUCCAUACAACCGCUACAAGAGUACUUUCUACUUGGUCUGCGAGUUUUGUGAGCAUGAUCUGGCCGGACUGCUGAGUAAUCUUCAUGUCCAGUUCAGCCUGGGAGAGAAAAAGAUGUUGAUGCAGCAGCUCUUGAAUGGUCUGUACUUUAUUCACAACAACAACAUUCUGCACAGGGAUAUGAAAUCUGCUAAUAUUCUCAUCACCAGGACUGGAAUUCUAAAGUUGGCUGACUUUGGGUUGGCCAGGGUUUACAGCCAGAAGGACAGGAAUAGAUUGACUAACCGUGUUGUCACCUUGUGGUACAGACCGCCAGAGUUGUUGCUGGGGGCUCGUGUGUAUGGUCCAGAGAUAGAUAUAUGGGGCGCUGGUUGUAUUAUGGCAGAACUUUGGACACGGUUUCCUAUAAUGCAAGGACACUCAGAGCAGGAGCAGCUAAGACUCAUCAGUCAGCUUUGUGGCUCAAUCAGACCGGAGAUUUGGCCAGGUGUGGAAAAGCUAGAUUUGUAUGGAAAAGUAGAAUUGUAUCCAGGACUCAAAAGCAAGGUUCGAGACCGGUUGAUGCCAUUCCUGCAAAACCAAUAUGCUGUAGAUCUUCUAGAAAAAAUGUUAAGCCUAAAUCCAUCAAAUCGCAUUGAUAGUGACACAGCUUUGAACCAUGACUUUUUCUGGACAGAUCCUAUGCCCACAGAUUUGAUGCUUACAAUGUCAAAGUAUAAUACAUCAAUGUUUGAGAUGCAUGCCCCAAAAAGGAGAGGUCAGUGGACUAACCUGCAACAGCAGCGACAACAGCAACAUUCUCACAUGCCACCAGAUGGUCAGCAUUUUGAACGGAUUUUCUAGAGCUGUAUAUUUCCAGUUGCCUUGCUGAAACCUUGCUUUCUUGCGUGCUACUGUCUGUUAUAUUACUUUACUUAAUUGGGCUUAAAUGGCCUCUUUAAACCUUUCAAAGAAUUGGUGGACUUUUUGUUUUUCCUUUGGUCAGAUUAAAGCUCAGUCAUGUAGACAGUGCUUAUAUCCAUUUGGCUUUUAUCUAAUGCAGCAAUUUUCUGUGAUAAUAAUGAAGUAUAAUUUUAACCAGCAUUAUUAUUGCUUCAUGUAGAAAUGUAGAAUUGAGCAAAGUCCAUAUUUUAUAGUGUGACUGGAGCUUUUCAUUAACAUUUUGAAGACUUUGUCACACGAAAGGAUAAAAGAACUGAAGGAAAAAAAUAACUUUGCUGCACAUCAGUGUUGUUGUAGUAGUACCAUAAUUGGUAAGAGGCAUGUUCUGGCCUGGUACUGCUCUCUGUAGAUUUUUUGAAGGUGUUACUCAUCCUUAGGUCCUUUAUUCUACCCUUGGACCUCAGGAGAUUGUGGAAUGGUUAGAGCUUAUGAAAUGGUUCCUGGUCACUUGGCAAACCUGUUGUUAGAUACAUGGAGUAUUUUGAUGGGGGAAGCAGUUGCAUCUAUUACUACCCUAUCCUGUUAGGUUCCUCCAUUUCAGGGGUGUGCAAACUACGGGCCACAUCCAGACUGGCGCAUCUGCCAAAAUAUGAAGUCCACUUGUUUUAUUUUAUUUUUUAUUCAGCCUAGGUUAAUUGGAUUGAAAUUUAAUUUAUCAAUUACAACAGUGUUAGAAUUCAGCAGUCUGAAACAUUUUAACAGAGACAAAUUACAAAGAUAAUAAAUAACAUGGCUAACAUCUGAUGGAGUCGUUGGAGAGCAUUAGGGGUGGCUGGCUUCAAAGGAAAGGCUAGUUUUAAAGUUUUAUUGUGAGCAAAUUCAAACAGCUUCACUUUAAUAAUAAUGAUGUGAACUUACAACGUGCAGCUGCAUGACAAAGAUAGAUCGCACUUUUUGUGCAGACCAAUAAUGAUAAAUAAAUGAUAACAGCCAGUGGACAGUGAGUUAUAUAGAGGCACAAUAAACAAAAAGAUGAGGUACAAUAGUAAAAUGUAAAGCUAUGGAUGAAGGGAUGUAGAUACUAUAAAAAGUGUAAGAUGGAAUCGGCAGUUGAGAAUAGUAAUUCAGGGAUGGAGCGUUUGAAUGAAGCCAUGGAGUCCGUGGCAAAUGGGACGUCGAAGAGAGCUUUAUGAAAAAAAAUCCCCCAAAAUAGACACUGACGAAUGCAACAUAACAUACAAAAUUGUUAAAUAGAGAAUGGCAGAUGAGAGUAAAGAUAUUUAGCAACAAGAUGCUCCAGCAUGCGCAAAUCAUUUGAAAAACUGAUCCAGGCUGCAAAUGAUGCUGUCCUCACCAUGCCCAGUCAUAUAAUGGAUCUGAUAAGUCUAGGUCUCAUCAGUCUUCCUGCAGAAUGCCUGUUUGAAAACCAAAUUGAAGUAACAAGAUGUCAGAAGAGAAAUCCAUCGAUAUAAUAGUGUGCAGUGUUAAGGGUUUCAACUGUUCUUCAUUUAUCACAGAUUAGGAGGUAGAGAUCUAAAGCUCGUAGUUCAGAUUCACAAAGCAUUAUUAUGCUCGUAUAAAAAUAGAUCAAUUUAUAAAAUAUAAUAUAACAUAUAAUCAUAAUUAGUUCUUGUCCACAGAGCAAAUCAUCGCCGAUAAGUUAAGAUCUGCAAAUGCAAAGUCUAUAGUAUAGAUUAAACAGUAUAUCUGGGAACAAGGAGUUGGAGAAAGAUACAGUGAAACCAGAAUAAUUGUCAUGCAGCAAAGUCAUUGAUAAUUAAAAGAACUUAAUGCCAGCAAAAUACUCCAAUGAGAGGUUAAUCUUCCCCUACAUACAAAAUGCUGAAGCUGAACAAGUAAUGGCUGAUGCUGGCAACGCCAGAAGAAUGGCUGAAGAACAAAACUUGACAUGAUUCCUACAGUUGGUCACAGAGUCACAGCAGAAAAUAAAGUUCAGUUAAUGAUGAACACAGGCACAAACUACAUAUCCACCAAGUAUAUAAAGAAGCAAUUGUGGGGUACAAAAGCUCUCGUGCCAGUUAGGCGCAGCCUUGUUUCAUAUUUUCGUAGGAUUUUCAGUUUGUCCUCUGCAGUUUUUCCAGCGCUGCUUAAGCCUGAUGUUAUGUAAAUUGUCCUUUCAGGAUUUUGUAAGCUGACUUACAAAAGAUAAAAUCUGUGUAAUAACAAGUUAUAAUUUUUGUAAUCAAUUAAAAGAAGUCUUGAUAGAGAAAAUUCAUUUUUUGGCCCAAAAAAGAAUAUGCCAACACUGUUUGAAGCUAACAGUUGGCUAUAGAAUUACAUUAGAUCACAAAAUUAUUUUUAUUUGCCAUUAGUAAAUUUAUAAAACAUCUAAUGAAACUUAUUUCUUUAUUUUUCCCGAAGGAGACAGGGAUAAUAAGACAAUGGUUGGUCAGAAAUGUUCAGGGUAUAACCAAGGCAUAUCAUUGCAUCUAUGUAUCUGUGAUAUUUUUACCUCUGUGUGCUUGUGUUGUGCGCAUGCAUAUGUGGUUUUAAUCUUUCUUUAUCUUUUUAAGACGUUAUCUUUAUAUUAGCUACUAACCAUUCUUUCUGUCUCUCCUCUCCCCCACUCUUUCAAUAUCUGUCUUGACAUAUCUUUUUGUUUACUUCAUUUUUACGAACUGUUCAUCAUUGCUAUUACCUCUUUCUCUUCACUGUAUUUUGUACUUCAUUUCUUAUCUUUCUGUUCCCUCAUGACCCUUCUAUAUGAACAUGAUUCUGUGGUAUAUAAAUUGCACAUUUAUUAUUAUUUGAUUUUCAAACUUAGGUAUAAUACUAUUAUUUCACUCAUCACUCAUUAUCAUAAUACACAGUUUGGUAUUCAGUCAUAUCAUGUAUAUCUGUUUACAUUGUUUUUAUAUAAUUAUAUUUGGGAUUUCCUGUGUCUACAGAUUUUGAGGUUGUGGUUUCUUUGCUAGCAUAUGAGCAAUGUGUAUUUACCCAUCUUUUAUAUGACUUUAUGUGAUUGUUAUUAUCAGCAUCAUUAUGGAAUUGUUGCAAGUAUUUUUUAAAUCACUUAUAAUAGCAUAUUGAAGGGUAUACUUCCUCCACAAAGUGGAGUAGUAAUAUUCUUUUAUGUUCCAUCACUUUCAUGCUAUUAAUAAAUGUCUUUGUUUCAUAGUUUAGUAUUUAGUCAUAAUACUGAGUUUGUGCUGUUGUUUAGCUUUGGUCUUUUAUUUAAUAAUCACAAAGCAUACUGCACUGAGCCUUAUCAACUAAUGUACUAGUGACACAUUUGAAACAAACAUUAUAAGGUCAGUCAGACUUCAGGGUUUGGGUUUUUUUUCCCCUUGGGAAAAUCUUCAUUUGUUUUUUUUUUUUUGUUGUUGUUGUUGUUUUUUGUUUGUUUUUUUUGUUUUGUUUUGCUUUGGUUGUUUUUUGUUGUUGUUGUUGUUUUUUGUUUUUUUUUUAAAUGAGAAUGGGAAAUUAUUUUUAGAGUUUUGAAAGUCUUUCACUUUGAUAUUGUAUUUUUACCAUUUUCAUGAUGUGACUAUUUUGUAUAAGUAAUUCUCUUGAUAUAAGAAGCAUUCUUGGUCCAUUCCAAUGAAUUAGCUUUGGAGCUAAAUGGCAUUGUUGUACUUGUUAUUGAGCAUCAUGUUUUUCUACAGGUUUGUUGUUAAAACUCAGAGUACAUAUCAUACAUUUCCUUUCAUUUUGUUCCACUUCUGUGUUCACAGUUAUAAAGAUUGUUAAUCUAUUAUUAUUUUUCCUUCAAUACCAUUCUUUGAUUCCUUGAUGUUUAGAAAGUACAAUUUUUCAUAUAUAUUUCCUUAGUUGACAUAUUAUUGGACUGCUAGUUUUUAUUUUCUUUGUUCCCGUUGCUGUAAUACAAUUUUAUGGAGUACUUUAGACCAGGUUAGUUGGUAUCCAAGAUAUUUGACCAUGGGGGUAAAAAUUCUAUUCAAUCUUAUUUUACUGGUCAUCCUUCAAAAAUUGUAUCUGUGAUUGUGAAUUAAACUUUAUAAAAAAUUAAAAUAGCAAUAUUUAAAAUAACAUUCGGUGGUGACCUUCUUAAUUAUGCAUGCUACAAAGCUUUGAUUCUAGACCUUUCAAAGAGAGUAGCUAAUCUGCAUAUGUUUUCAGUCAGAGGAUAUUUGAAAGGACAGUCAUUGGAUUUCAGCCAGAAGGGGACUGAAUAGGACAAGGGAGCAUAAUUUCAGAAUAACAAGAUUUUUAUCCCUUUAAGUACACUGACUCUGUCACAUGCUAUUUCUUUAAAUAAUUCUUCAGCGUAUGUCAGUGCAUUCAGAUCAAAAGUGCUUUAAAAUGACAGUCAAGCACCAAUCUGGCUCGUCAAAAGGGUGAAAGUUUAAAUGAAGUUGAUGUUUCCAGUAAUACUACAAUUGGCUAUAUGUACAGUUACAUUUUAUUUUAUAGUUUUAAGCCUCAAUAACACAGGAAACUUUGCAUUCGAGACUAAAUUUUGCCAUAGAGUUUUCUCAUGCUUCACCUGAUGUGGGUACUUUCAUUCCCUUAACAGUAUCCCUCUCAAUCUUAACAAAUCCUGUGACUGUGGCACUGGCAAAACAAAAAAAAUUUUAAUUGAGAUGUGUGAACUUUGUGAAAUUAACAAAUAGCUUUGAUAUGUGUGAACUGUACAAGAUGUGCAAAGCAUGCAAAAUAGUGUGUCAAUUGCCAAGGUGUAAGUAAUGUCUAAGAAGGUGUGUAAACUGUACAAAUGGAUAUGUGUGUGUGAGAGAGAGAGGGAGGGAGGAUGUGUGUAAUAUUUAUAUUGGUGUGUAAAGUAAAGUUUUCAAAAUGAUUCUGAGUGUAAACAUGGGUGAGUGAAGUGUGCCAGUGGCUGUGGGAAGUAAGUAGUGCUUGUUACUGAAGUGAAAACAUCUAACUCUUGUGUAACUGUAGUGAACGUGUGUAUAUUUUCAUGGUGCCGUAAAUCUAAGGGAGUUCUAUAACACAAUACGAUGUUAGCAUCAUGAAGAAGAAAUUAGCUACCUGUUCAGUUGUCAGUAAUAAAGUUAUAUAGCAUUCA